AUGGCUCAAAUCCUUAGAUUCCAGAGAGCUAACAACUCACCAAGAUUCAUGCCCUGCAGCCAUAGGAAAAGGUUGAACAGCUGUGGGGUAAAUGUAUUUUACCAGGUGCUCCUCCCUGGUAGCAUCCUUCCCCUGGCUGGGGCCCAAGUGACAAACUGCAUUAUUUCUAACAGCGCCUCAGCCACCGCCGUGCAUGGCAGGCUGAGGAAGGUGAACGUCAACUCUGUUCAGCUGAGGGUUAAACCCCAGCUUGAAAGUAAAACAAACAGGACCUAUGAAGAAUUCAAAGUGGUACAAUAUAAAACUCAAGUGGUUGCUGGAACCAAUUACUACAUUAAGGUGCAAGUAGGUGAUAACAGUUACAUUCACAUCAAAGUAUUCAAAAGUCUUCCUGCAGAACAUGAGACUCUGACACUUACUGGUUACCAAGAGGGCAAAAGCAAGGACGAUGAGCUGAGUGGCUUUUAGUAGCAAGUUCCAGAAGUGGUCUGCUAUCUUCUUCUGGCACCUGAUGAAUGAUUCCUGCUCAUAAAUGUAACUAUCAAUAAAGAAGCAUUCCUUAUGAAAUAA